AUGGAUUUGAACGACGUUGAGAAGUUACUGGUUGCCUAUAUGGGCGUCGAUUCGACCACCGGCAAUGAAGGGCCGUUUGGUGAUUUUGUGGCCGAAAGUCUUCGGGACAACGGAUGGAUUGUCGAGAAGCAGGCCCUUGACAAUAACAGUUCACGCUUCAACAUUCUUGCUACCCGCAAGCCUCUGAAAGGAGCACCAUCUCGAAUUGUCUUCAACACACAUCUCGACACAGUGCCUCCCUAUAUUCCACCAAGGGAGGACGACAUGAACAUAUAUGGCCGUGGUUCGAAUGACGCAAAAGGACAACUCGCGUGCAUGGUCUCGGCUGCCCAAGCCUUUGGUGAACUCUCAUCCAGACCUUGCUGA